CAGUCGCCCCCUCCGCCGGCAAGGCGGCGGCGCGCCGCCGCGCCCGACCACUCCCACCUUCUCCCUCGUCCCAAGCUCCUCCAAUGGCCGGAAUCGCUGCUGCUGGCGCCGAUCCGUUCAUUCCCCCAACGGAGGCAUUGGCACGGCGUGUCCCGGCCACCCUCCUCUUCCCCGCGCAGCCCUUCGCGCCCCCCUCCGCGGCCCACGACGCCGGCCUCCGCGCCCUGGACCUCCUCCACUUCGCCCGCCUCGACCUCUCCGUCUCGGGCGCCCCGCGGCCCGACCUCGUGGCCGAGCUCAUCGCCAACUACCGAUGCAAGCCCGGCUCCGACCGCGGAUGGAGCUCCGUCCGUGGCAAGCAAAUCGAGGUCUCCUCCGAAGCGCUCGCCAAGGCGCUCUGCCUCCCGGUGGGAAGAGCCACCACGAGCCGAAGCGCGGCCGGCGUGGACGUGGACCCCGCCGCCGUGGCCUCCGCCGCCCAAGAGUUCACCAAGGUUUACAUCCUGCGGAGGGGCGUCAAGGACGCGGCGUUGCGGGUUGUGGAGGAGGGCAGGGCGCAUUGCAUCGACUGGACGGGGCUCAUCUGGCGCCAAGUCAAGGUGGAAAUGAAGGUCUUCAUGGCCAAUCAGAGCGCCGACGACAGGGUGUGCUACCACGGCGCGCAUCUGCAGAGGCUCAUCUGGGUCCAGAGGCCGGAACUCUUCUCCCGGCUGCCACUGGAGGAGCUGGGGAGUAACCGAUCAGUUGUCGGCGAUAACCGAAAGCCUUGCUGGGAGCCUGACAACAUGCAGAGGCCGACGCUCUUCCAGCUGCGCCCACAGCCACAGGAGGGACGAGGAAUCAAUCGAGCAUCAGUCAAUGAGAACCAAAAGCCUUGCUUGGAGAUUAAUCUGUCAUCCAAGAAGUACGAUGCGGCAUCUAAGAAUUUCGAUUUGGCGUCUGAGAGGUUCAUUGUGGCAUCUAAGAAUUUCUUUCCUGCAUCUAUGAUCACCGAUGCUAAAUCCAAGAAGAUUGAUAUGGCAGCAGAGGGGUUAGAUGCGGCAUCCGAGAAGCUUGAUAUGGCAAGUAAGAUGAUGGAUGCGGUGUCUAGGAUGAUCGAAUCCACAUCCAAGCAGCUUGACGCGAGAGGAAAACAGAUUGGCGAGCAAAAGGGCAAGCUUGACGCGAGAGCAAAACAUCUUGGCGAGCAAGAGGCCAAGCUUGGCGCGAGAGCAAAACUGCUUGGCAAGCAAGAGAGCAAGCUUGGUGCGAGAGCAAAACAGCUUGGAGAGCAAGAGGGCAAGCUUGACGCGAGAGCAAAACAGCUUGGCGAGCUAGAGGGAAAGCUUGACGCGAGAGCAAAACAGCUUGACGAGCAAGAGGGCAAGCUUGACGCGAGAGCAAAACAGCUUGGAGAGCAAGAGGGGAAGCUUGACGCGAGAGCAAAACAGCUUGGCGAGCAAGAGGGCAAGCUUGAGGCGACAAUAAAACAGCUUGGCGGGAAAGAGGAUGAGCUUGACGCAAUAGCAGAAUACCUUGACGAGCAAGAGGGCAAGCUUGACGGGAGAGCAAAACAGCUUGGAGAGCAAGAGGGGAAGCUUGACGCGAGAGCAAAACAGCUUGGCGAGCAAGAGGGCAAGCUUGAGGCGACAAUAAAACAGCUUGGCGGGAAAGAGGAUGAGCUUGACGCAAUAGCAGAAUACCUUGAUGAGCAAGAGGGCAAGCUUGACGCGAGAGCAAAACAGCUUGGCGAGCUAGAGGGAAAGCUUGACGCGAGAGCAAAACAGCUUGGCGAGCAAGAGGGCAAGCUUGACGCGACAAUAAAACAGCUUGGCGGGAAAGAGGACGAGCUUGACGCAAUAGCAGAACAGCUUGACGAGCAAGAGGGCGACAUGCAAGCAAUGGAGUUGCUCAACAGCGCAUUGGUUACAAAGGAAAGAGAAAGCAACGAUGAGUUGCAAUGUGCUCGGAAGAUGCUUAUAGAGGCUUUGCAGAAAUGUACAAAUGGUCGGUCUCAUAUAGGUGUCAAAAGAAUGGGGGAGCUUGACCCUAGAGCGUUCGCGAACGCUUGUACAUCAAACGUACACCAUGUAGAUGCCCAAUUGAACUCCGCUGUUCUUUGUUCCAAAUGGCAAACAGAAAUUACAAACUCGGAGUGGCAUCCAUUCAGGAUAAUAACGGUGGAUGGUAAACCGAUGGAAAUUCUCUUGGAGGACGACAAGAAGCUCCGCAAACUGAAGGAACAGCAUGGCGAGGAGAUCUACUGCUUGGUGACAAAGGCUCUGUGUGAAAUCAACGAGUACAACCCCAGCGGACGCUACGUUGAACCGGUGUUGUGGAACUAUAAGGAAAGUAGGAAAGCGACGCUGCAGGAAGCCAUCCUGUUCGUCCUGAAACAGUGGCAGUCACACAAGAGGAAGCGCUAGAGCAGGCUGGGGUGUGUCCUGCUUUUGCUUUUCAUGAACUUGAUUUAAUGUUAUUGUAGCGGCAGUGGAUCAGUUGAGGUCUGUGUAGUAGUUCACUUGGAACUUAAUGAUCAUGGAUCUACUAAAUUAAUUGUAGCUUAGCUAGAUGCUCCUAUUGUAUAUAGCCUUGGCAUGAAUGCUGGUACUGAUCUUAGAAAUAUAUCUAGCUUUCCUCU